GUUCGAGUACCCUACUGGUUUUCUGGUGUUUUUACACGUCAUGAUAUAAAAAAAUGAUGUAUAAUGUUCUUCAAACUAUGACACUCGUUUACAAUACAAAAUGCAUAAAAUAACUAAACUUGUUCUGUGUUUUAGGAAUUUGAAUAAUAGCGGAGAUGCUUCCCUCCCCGCGGCAAAAGAUACAGGGUUUGAUUAUCGCCUAGUGAGGACCCAGAAAACUAAACCACUGCUUUUCUAAUAGGCAUUAAAUCGCCUAUUAAAAAAUCCAAUUUGCUACGACUAUUAAAAAAGCGAAACGCUUACACGUAAUUUUUCCUACGUUAAUAGAGAAACGCGUUUUUAACAGAUUACAUGACUUUUGGACCGUUAUAGCCAAAGGAAAAUCUGUUAAAGGUUAAGCCAUUCACUCGACUCCCUCCCAUAAGAGGAACAUACAAUUGUGCGAUGGUGAGAAAGAGAACAGCAGACCGCGCGUAAUAAUAUCCGGUCCGGUGUUCUCCAAUAACUAUAACUACCACUAAAGAUAAUAAAAGUAAAAACGUCCGUGAUAUUAAUUUUAAACAAGUCUUAAAACUGAACAAGUUCCAUGCCUUUCAAAUGUGGGUCAUUGCGGAGCAUAAACUUGUUAAACACCACAUGAGAAGCAUUUCUCACAAAGCUUUUAACCAGUCGGGGACAAAUCCGGAAAUAAUCAGGGGUACUUUUUAAAUAUUAGUUCUGUUAACUUGAGUCAUUGAUAGAACAACUAGAAUGUGAAUUAAUACACAGUUUCCGAAGUAAAAAUAAGUCUAUAACUCUAAAUAUUGUCGUUAUGUAUUAAGUAUAAUUUGCUACGUAUUCUCCAAAAAGUCACAAUUUUUGGGAGGAAUUAGUUAAGACGUAGCUAUAAUGUGAGUCAAAAUCAGUGACAUCCCUGAAAAUCUGUGACAGUUGAGAGGGAGUCUUCAGAAUAAGGUCACUGGAGAGGUGUCAGUAACAAUAAUGGAUUUUCUAACCAUUACUUUUAACUUUGACUCUGCUUAUUAAACAAAUAAUUUAAGAGCUGUAGCCGAAGUGAACUCCUAGAUGCUACUUGCUGUAACGUUCUAAGAACUACGGAAAAACUGGUGCAGCCCAAUGCCCUCAAUUAUCACCCACAAUUACAAUGCAACUGUCUAGUCCACAGCACGGCAGACAUAUUGCCAAAGCUUUCGUGAUGCCUAUAAUAAGUGGGACUACAUUAGAUACUGGUGCUACUUGUUCUCGUAAUUGUUUGAGAAAGUGAAACAAGGUGUCUUUACUACAAAUCCCGACGUGCAGUAUUCUUCGGGUACAUGUGACAGUUUGUUAACUUAUGCAGACUCGAGUACAGUCAGCUGAUUGUUUUAAGAUCGAAAAUAUAACGGGAACGAAAUUACUGUAGUACAUACAGCUCUCAUAACAAGUGGAAACAAUGUCACCAGAGUGGAAAAAGCUACUAAACAUCAUUGUGCUUGGUUUUGGGUUCAUGUUCAUGUUCACUGCUUUCCAGACAUGUGGGAAUAUAGAGCAAACAGUGAUUCUGAGCCUUAACAGUACUGAAUUUCAUGGCAGUGGAUAUACCAGCUUGGCCAUAAUCUAUGGUGUGUUUUCUGCCUCAAACAUCUUUGCACCUUCAGUGGUAGCAGUAUUAGGAGCACGGCUUUCUUUGUUCAUCAGUGGGCUAUUCUACAGUGCCUACAUUGCCACUUUUAUUCAACCAUUUACCUGGUCUUUCUACACAGCAUCUGUCUUUAUUGGCAUGGCAGCUGCAGUGCUCUGGACUGCCCAGGGAAAUUGCCUGACAGUAAACUCAAAAGAAAAUACUAUUGGGAGAAACAGUGGCAUAUUCUGGGCUCUUUUGCAAUGCAGCUUGUUUUUUGGGAAUGUAUUCAUAUACAUUAUCUGGCAUGGAGAAGCACGCAUUACAGAUAGUGAUCGAAGAACAGUCUUCAUUUCGCUCACAGUUGUCAGUCUAGUGGGAACAUUUCUGUUUUUCCUCAUCAGGAAUGUAGAUUCCAUGGAAAACAAUUCUGACUGCUCUGAUUCGGACUCUAGAUCCCUUGAAAUUAACAUGAUCCCACAAAGUGCAGGAUCAAAAGCCCUGGAAGCAUUCAAAAAGUCAGCUAAAUUGUCUAUCAGUAAAGAAAUGCUUCUCCUUAGCAUCUCCAUGGCUUACACAGGUGUAGAGUUGACUUUCUUUAGUGGUGUAUAUGGGACCUGCAUUGGGGCAAUGAAGCAAUUUGGAAAUGAAGCAAAAGGUCUUAUAGGACUGUCAGGCAUUUUCAUUGGCAUUGGAGAAAUUUUAGGUGGAGGACUCUUUGGAUUGCUGGACAAAUGGAAUCGCUAUGGCAGGAACCCAGUGGUUUUGUUGGGACUCGCAGUCCACUUUAUCGCAUUCUAUUUAAUCUUCUUUAACAUACCAGGUGAUGCACCCAUUGCUUCAGCUGAUGGAACUGACAGGAUUUCUUUCAUGACUCCAAAUAAGGAAGUGGCCAUGUUGUGUAGCUUCUUGUUGGGACUUGGUGACAGCUGCUUCAACACCCAGUUAAUCAGUAUCUUGGGUUCUCUCUUCUCCGAAAGCAGUGCCCCAGCUUUUGCCAUCUUCAAGUUUGUCCAGUCCAUUUGUGCAGCAGUGGCUUUCUUCUAUAGCAACUAUCUACUUCUCGAGUGGCAGCUUCUGAUCUUGGUGAUUUUUGGAUUCUUUGGAACAAUCUCAUUUUUCUUUGUGGAAUGGAAUGCAGCCACUGUUUCCCACAGUUCAGAUUUCAGCAACUGUCAGCCGACAAAUUAACUUCAUUAGGCAAAACAAGAACUUUUAUAACCAGUGGUCUACAGGUUGGACCAAAGCAUUAACAUGCCUGACUUGAAGUUUGUAUGGAUACCAGUUUUUACUUAGAUUGUUGGCAAAAGUUUAUGAUUGAUUUCUAAAACCUACAAGAAUACUGCCAAAAUUGAAAAUAAAUGUUAUAUAUUUAACAUUAUUAAAGUGAGUGGUUACACACUGUGCUUUGUUAGCACUGAAGUCUGUUUGUGGACUAAGGCUGUUCUCUCUUCAUAGUAACUCCAAUGGGAGAACCCAGUGCUUAAUAGUGGAAUCAGCCUGAUUUUAAGUAUAAAAUGAAUUGGUAAUCUUUCUGCAGGGAAGCAUAUGAUAGUUAUGCAGUUCUUUUCCUACUGUUAAAUAAUCUGGACAUGCUUCAGUGGUGCCAGAAUGUAUUAGUUAUUUUCUGAUGUAAAACGUUUUCAGCUUUAUAGUUUUAGUUUUUAUUCAUUGGUCUUUGAUUCUAUUCUGUUUAUUCUUUUCAGUCAUUUCUGUCAGAGAUUUUUUAUAUUUCUUAUUACAUAAUUGUGAGUAUUUUCAGGUUUCUGACCUUUGACAUAGCAAUUCAGAGUGCCCUUGUGGCAAAUUCCUCUAAAACAAACAUCAAAGUUGUCUUCUCUGUAUAGGAGCCUUCCAUGACACUAAAUGGGGUAUUUUCUUUAGGGGGCAGUAUGACUCUGCCAGGAGUGGCAGUAGGAGCACCACUGCCAGAAGAGAGGGGAAAUUAUAGUGACUUGAAUUUUUUGGAGAAUAUGUCAUCCUUACUUCAUACAAUAAUGGAGAUGUAGGUUCUUUUGGGGAGUUUUACUCUUGCUUUCCCACCGUUGCAGUCUUGGAGCCUGAGUGCUGUCCUCUGGCCAUGGGGUUAGUCUUCCCUCCUUGGAAGCCUAAAUAUGUCUUCUCCUUGGCUAUGUCUUCAGCUAUCCAGAGAGCACUGCAGGUGCCUACUACCACUCCCCAUUUGUUGCCUUAAAAUCAGUUGUACACUUACCAACACCAUGGAGAUGAGGUGCCAUCAAACUGUUAUCUGUUUGCUCUCUGUGGAUGUUAGAACCCAGAUAAUUCAAGAAUGACUGUAGAUCUUUGAAUUCUCAUUUAGAAAUCAACUCCUCAGACAUCUGUCCCACUAAUACCAAUUCCACUGCCAAUGUCACUUACACAUCUGUCAGUGCCACUUGUGUCAGUCAUGCAAUUUUCUCAUUUACGGACUUAAGUCCUUCUAGCUUCUGUAUGGAUUGCAUUGGUCCCUAGGCAUAUGGCUUACUGGCAUUGGCUGUUUAAAGACACUUUUUUCAUAGUUGCCCUCAUCCUUUUCAUAGUUCCAGCAUGCCAUGCAAGGAAUUACUUCACUGCCCUUCUGUUUCUGUGGUACAGAUAUGCUACAGCCAUGGUCUGUACUUUUCAGAGAACUGUACCCUCCAUAUAUGUCUCUGUUCUAGCAAGCUGGUACCCCUGUUCUGCUACAUAUCUCCAACUACUCCCAUAUGAAAUUCUCACUGCUUACCAGAUAGUUUGCCCAUGUUCUCCUCCGGCAGCAUUCUGUGUAUCAAAUUCAGUUCCACAGAAAAAGACCAUAUCAUAUCAUUCUGUACCCACUUUCAUUAAGGGAUCGAAUAGAGGAGCCUGGCUGGAACAACUCGCAUCAACCUCCUCCUCCUCAGUACUAAUGAAAACAUCUCACUGUAUUUUUCAUAUGACCCACACAUGUAGAUUGACUAGAGACAUAUAAAAUUAGAACAGGCUUAAAAAUUCAUUAGGGAUGAAGCUCAAACUCCAGGUUAUAUUGAAUUUCCAUUGGAAUUUUAUAAAUGAGAUGUGACAGUUUCGCAAAGGAAUAUUUCCCCCUCGGUGUCAGUGGUACAUAUAGGAGUGAUUUCCAGCAAUAAGGGUGAUGCAACAAACAGGAAAAACUAUAGCUUCCUCUCCUUAUAUCUAGUGGAGGAACUAAAAUAUUUCCCAUAGUAUUAGCCAGAAGGUUGGACAAAUGCCUAACAAGUCUGUUAGUUCUGGGUUACAAAUGAUUUGUAUGAGAGUGUCAGAUAUUAAGUAAGUAGGGGGGGGGGGAUCUUUCUUCAUUUUUUCAAAAGCAGGAAAAUAACCAUGAGGUGGAAAUUGUACUCUCUGACAUUCAGUUACUUAUUAUUCUCUAGAAUAGAACUUUUGUGAUUAAUGCUUGAAAGAAGAGGUUUUGGAGUCACAUUUUUUUAACUGGAUUAAAAUUGUUGAUCCUAACCAUAGGUUCACUGCACAACUCAAUGGAGGGAGUUCUGUGUUGGGCCAAACUGAGAGGAAUGAGACAGAGAUGCCCCCCCCCCCCCACCUGUCUUUUGGUCUGUUUUUGUUAGUAAUGGAAGAGCUUCUAAGGUAAGACAGCUUGUCUUGGUUAGAAAAGAGUUAAAAAAAAAAGUAUGAGAAAAUAGUAUAGAUGUUUGCAGGCCAUUGCAUUGUAAUGGGAGAAGACAUUAAAGAAGUAAUUGGCCCUAUAGUAGCUCUGUUUAAAGAAUUGUGGUAGGGUUUCUAAUCUGAAAUGUCAUUAGAGUAAAAAUUAUCAAAGUUGGGCAAAAUCGUGAAAGGAAAGGCAAGAAAAAAUAUAAAGGUUUCAGAUUUCUCAAAUAUAUAUAGGACUUGCAGAAUACUAGAAGAAUAAAUGCAGUACAAGGUAUGGCUCUGAAAAGGACAGAGCCAAGAUGGUCGAUAUACAACAACAAAUGAGAGGAGCUGUGCAGUUAUGGUGGAUUAUUUAGAGAAAGUGACAUGGAUUUAAUCAAAAACUGGACUAGUUAACUCAAGACUAACGUCUGGAACUGAAGUACUUGGAAAACUAACAGAAGAAGAAAAUUCCAGUCAAAUACUUUUUCAUAUUCUCAGUAUUGGAAAAGACUACAAAAUUAGAUCUUUACUGCAGGGGGAAAUGUACUUAAAUAAUUUCAGCAGGUGUUAUCCUCACUGCAGGAACUUAUCUUCAAAAUUGAUCAUUUUCACUCAAAAUCAGAGAAAUUACAAGAAAAUAGUAUUCAACAGAUUAAGAUUAUGAAAUCCAUGAUAUAAAAUCAAAACUGUCAAUAGAAACAGCAUUGAAUGAUAUGGAUGAAAGAUGACAGAGGAAGAGUUACAGAGUUCCUUAUGAAACAAAGCAGCUAAUUACUCAAUAACCUGAUAGACCUGGAAAUAGAGGCGGCAUAACCUAAAAAUGUUUCAUAUUUCCUGAUAAGUCAGAGACAGAUGAUAUGGUUGUGUUCUUGUCUGUAUCAAUGCCACAGUUACUAAAUUUACAAGAAGGCUUCUCCUAUAGAAUUGAAAGGUCAGUAGAUAAACCCAUCCCCAUAAAACUGAAAGAAUUAGUUCUGAAAAUUUCAUGGAUAAAGUCUCCCUUAAGUAGAGGCCAGUGCUGUAUAAGAAUCAAUAAUAAUUAUGCAUCUAAAAACUUAGAAACGAGGAAAGAAUUUUGGCCAAUAAAAACUUUAAAACAAAAUAAUACUAAGGCGUAGCUAUCGAAUCUUACAAGGCUGCAAGUUUUUCAUUAUACUAUAGAUAGAAUAUUUCAAUACAGUAGAGAAAGCAAGAAACUUUAUUUCAUACCACAGCAUUACAACUUCCCAGAAGAAUGUGGUCUUUUCAACAAGAACAUUAAAAAACUUUCCUGAGAAAAACAAUGAAAAUGGAGCAACUGAUGAACAGAAAACUCAUCCAGGCCACAAUAAUACAGUAAAAGAAAAGAAAAAAUAUGUGACUCUAAUAUAAUGGGAUAUUGAAAUAAUGUAGCAUUAUUUUGUUUACUGUGUUUACUUUAUAAUAUAAUUAACCAUAUAUAUAUUUCAAAUGUUUUUAAUUGAACGUUUUAUCACAGCUAAAUUAAUAAGAAUACAUGUCCUCAUUCAUUAGGUAACAUUUGUAAAAUGUUUAAGUUUGUACUGUUAAUAUUAUUUUCUAACAUAUGUAGUCUUUGUAUAUUAUAGUGCAUGGGUUACUGAGAAUAGAAACAAUACAGAAUAGGAUGUUAAUACAUUAGUCACUCAGUUAUUACUUUUAUUAUUAUUUGUUUAAAAAUAAUUCCUAACUCUUUGAUAACUGGCUAUGUAAUACAUGUAGAAUAAUUGACAUCAGCAGUACAACAGGUAGCACACACACGUGUGGUUUAGAAGGCUGUCAGUUCUGUUCCCACACCUGGUAGAAUGAUAGUUGACACUGCAGUGCAACAUAAGGGGGUGUUCCACUCCUGAGUGUGUCAUCCUUUGGAUGAGAAAUUGAAACGAGACUCUAUCUGCUUAAGCUGGUGGUAGAUCAGCUGGAUGAGAAACAUCCCAUGGCACCUAUUGAAAGCAGUAGGGGAAGUAUCCCGAUGCCCUGGACAAAUUUCCCUUAGUAGUAAAAAUGGUACCUUGGGUUUCCCCUGAAAAGACACCACUAACCUAGUGGGACCAGCCCAGUCAACAAAGGAUUAAAUAACUAAAAUAAAAUACAAUAAAUAUAUUUUACUAACUGUUCUUGCCAAGGGCUCCAGUGGUAGGCUGGUUGUUUCCCUCUUUGUGCUGAGUGAAUAAUUCUGUGCAACAGAAAGAUGCACUUUAUAGCUGAUAUAAAGUUGGUAGGGUUGAUCCUUUGCUGCGGUUGUUGUUUGGAGUAGUUAAAAUGGAAACAUUUUAUUUAUUUAUUUUUUUCAAACAGAUGAUGAACCAUUGCAUGAAAAACAAAAUGCAAUCAAUAGUUAACAUUACACACAACAUGCUAACAAGACGUACUCAUGUAAUCUAACGGAUUCUGGUCUAGCUCUGAAAUAGAACAAUUAAAAAGAACAAAAAACAAUCUCAGUAGAAAUAUAAAAUAAACGAUAGUUUCAUUUUAAUAUUAAUAUGAAUUGUAGUGGCAAUACAGUAGGCUUUUGGGGAACUGAUGAUUCUUUAAGUGUUGGGAGCAUGUUUAGUGAUGAGCCUCCGAGAUUGUAUGGGAAGGAGAUAAAUAGCUCCAUGUGUGAUCCUUGCACAUUUAAUGGACACCACCCUUAUUUACAUGUACUAAUUCCACAGUUACACAAAGUGAAAAGAAAGUAUAAAGCUAUACACGACACAUCUGUCUCACUUCGGCCAUCCUGCAUGUUAAGUUGCGUUGUCAUACUAGCAAAUGUUGAUUUUAACAAAUUGGGUCAGGUAGUUAAAAUGUGAAUAACUGUCUGUCAGUCAGUUACAGGGAUGUCCUUUCUCAUAGUAUUAUUAUAAUUUAACAGUUUUAGUGGCACCAAAACAAUGUUCAGAAUGUUUCUAGUAGAGAACAAGUCCUGAAAGGGUCUUCACAUGCCCUUUAGUGCUUGUUCUGAAAACUGAUAUUUAGACCACUAUUGACGCACUGGCACUUUUGAGAUGUGGAGUGUCAUACCUCUUAAAACCAACAUGUAUCCUUGCAUUCUGGGAUAUUUUCUGAAAGAUCAAUUGGGGCAUAUGGGACAGUUAGAGAUGGAUGUUUCGUGAUCAAUGAGAUGUUUGAAAGGGUACAAACAGCGGUAUUAUCAAUGAAAGGUCUUCUUUUAACUGAUAUUAGCAGUAGCACAUACAGUCUUUAUGUCAGUACUAUAAUACAUUAUAACACAUGUAAAUUCAAAAUGAUUUUUAACCCUAACAUUUUACAAACAAGUUGCUGUAUUUUGAAACUAAAUUUUGUUAAACAGACAUGAGCUUCCAGAUGACAGCAAGAAGGUCCUCUGUGUGUACUUGUGCACAUAGAUCUCUACAGAGAUGUGAAAAAUUAUGCUUAAUUUAUAAUUAACAGUAUAAUUAACAUCUUUCAAGAUAUACAGCUUACAUUAAAAUUAUAAGUAGCAGUUUUGUUUGACAUCUUUUGGGGUUUUGCUUGAAAACAAGUGGUGGUUUGUGGGUCUCUUGUCUUUAGAAAUAUGUUGCACAUGCAACAUAUCUUCAUAACUACAAGCAAACAGAAAUUUUUCUAGUUUAGUUCACUUUAAGUGGUCAUUAACAAACAUAUCCCUAAUGGCAAGUAGCUUUCCCAGUUUUGGAAUUAGGAAUGCAAAAUGUAAAAAUCUGAAUAGCUAGUGACAAACAAUGAAUAUUUCCACUGUAGGGCAUUCUGAAUUGACAAUCUUGGUACCUUUUUGUUACUUAUAUCUUGCCAUUUUGAGUACUGUCUCUUUAUUGAUAAUUUGACAUUUUACUUGGUUGGUAAGCUAGUCCCAGGGAAGUGUGGUCAUCAUGGGGAGCUAUGAGUGUUGACUGGGAGAAAUACAGGAGGAGGGCAGUAAGCUAGAACAGGUUAAUUAUGCUUUGCAUGCCUAAAUUUCACUAUGAUUGUAGUGGUUAUUUUACAAUACUUUUAUGUUUAAUCUCAUUAGUCCUUUUGUUAUGAACUAUUGAAACCACUAAUUUGCUCAGUGUUUACUUAAAGUAAUAUGUCAAUAAAAAUAUGUUGUGGUGCAAGAUUUUUAAAAUGAACUACUAUUAACUAAUAUAAAUAACCAUACAUACUGUAAGCAGAUAAAGUAUCUUAUUUUCAAGAGGUGUUAUGGGUAGGGAAUGUACUGGUAUACUGAAACAAUAAAUUAAUGUAUGAAAGAAGGUAUGUAACUUUCAACAACUGGCUAUUUUAUGACCAUCAAGUCACGUGUAAAAUUGAAACAAUAUAAUAGUGCAAAACUAGUUAGCUAAUGAGGGGUGGAAUAAAUAAGAAGUAUGAGGUCAUAAGAGAUCAUACAGUUAUCAUAAGUCAGUGGAUGAAAAAAUGUAGUGUCCUUAUUGAAAUAAAGAAGGUAAAAGACAGGAAAGACUUGACUAUGACGUAAAGGAAUAAAUGUGUAUUUAAACUGCAUUGAGCAUAAAAAUGUAUAUAAAUAAGAAGUUAUAUGGGAAGUAGCAAUUCACAUCUAUUUUAGUAAGACUUUUGCAACUUUUUUUCCCCAAGAAUUAUAAAUCAACUGUAGGUGCUUGCUCCUUUAUUGUAGUACAGAACUGAGUCUAUCUUCUUGGCCUGACAUCUGUUAGACUGUAGUUUGAUUAGUUUAUCCUAAUUAAGUUAGGAAUUAUGAUAGAUUCUUUAGAAGUUCUUUUUAUAAAUUGGUUAUCAUAAAAUGUUUGGGGAAAAACUUGUUUGGAUGCAUGUAAAUAUAAAAAGAUUUAACAACUAAAUAAAUCAUAACUGUUGACUAUUAAAAGGAGAGAUACUCUGUUCCUCAAAAUCUGCUGAGUUAUUUACUGUUAUUAUUUGUGUCUAUUCUAUUCUAUGAACUUGACAUUUUUUUCCUUGAAUAUUAAUAGUCUAAUAUUAAGAGAAGUAAAAUGCUUACUUAUAUUAAUAUCAACAAAGAACAAUUGAUCUGCAUACAAGAAACGCAUAUUAGUGAGUCAAAUAAAGAGAGGAUUAACUUUUCUCAGUAUGUGCACAAUUUUCAUUUAAGAGUAAGAGAAGAGGGGUUUUGAACUUGUGGAUGAGAAAUCUAAUUAUGCCCAAAAUUCUGUUAAAAAAAACAGCAACAAUAUGGUAUGUUUUCAUCGGUGAGUCUACAGGUUGUGAACCUUGGUUGAGAGAUACUGGUUUCCUGGUAUGAGUGUCAGGUUAGCAAGGAAGCAUCUUGAUUGAAUACUUAACAUGAAAGGGAGUAUAAUCAUAGGAAGGAAUUUCAAUUCUAUUGUUUUGCAAUCAAAAACUAGUGCUGUUAUAGAGUCUAGAAUAUCAGUUAUGAUGAAAGCCCUCAGAAAUGAGAUGCAAAUGUGAACCCUGAAAGACUUCUCUGUACUAAAGGAAGCUGAUUCUCUAAUUUACUGUCAUUAUUCGCAUGCAUGUGGCGCACAAUCAAGAAAAUGCAAGAUUAUUUCACACAAUCUCUUAAGAUUUAAAAAAAAUUCUGUCGUAUGUCAGAUCAUAAUGCCUUAACACCUACACUGUCAACACUAUAAAAAUAGCUUUAUCAUCAAGAAUACCAUCUUUUAAAACUAAGCAAGAUAGUUUCAAAUCAUGGCUUUUAAUGAAAUAGACAACUUUUUGGAGAAAAUAAACCAUAAUUAAGUGUACUCACCAAUGACCUGGGACUCAUUAAAAUAUGCAUUUAUGGUAGGGUAGUGUCUUGGUAGAAAAUGGAAAAACAAACAGUAGGAAAAUUAAUUAUUGGAUCUACAGAACAAACACACACUUUAAAGGGAAUUUCAAAAAAAAAAAUCUUUACUGACACUAAUGCAAGUUUUGGACUCUUACUAUAAAAAUCUACUUACAUAAAAUAUUUAUUGAAAUUCAAAUGCUCAAAUGUCUCCUUCAUUGAAAUGUUUUAGUCACACCAGUCUUGAAAGCAAAUAAUGAUCCCAUAGUCUGUGCUGCACGUAAAAACGUAUCACUAUUAAAUAUUGACUACAAAAUAUUUAUCUAUUAUGGCAAAUAGAAAGAAGCUUGUUUUAUUUCCAAAAGAUAAGCUCCAGUCAACAAUAAAAGAUAUUAACUGUAAUACAUGCACUAAACAACAACAAACAGGAAUUAGCCCCAAUAAGUUUGACAUAAAACUUUGAUGUUUUUAGUUGGGGUUACUUUACUGAAAAGGUUGGCUUACAAUGAUUUUCUGCAAAAUUUUAGUUCAUUAAGAAUAUUUAUCACAAUAACAAAGCACGUGAAAUUAGGCUCAUAUUUUUCUGAAUCUUAAGAGGCACAAAGUGAGGACGCCACCUUCACUUCUAUUAUUUGCCCUGCCAGUAGAAGUAAUGCCAUCAGCAGUCAGAAUGGAUGCAAACAUUACAAAAAUGGGAAAAUAUAUGUCAAAAUUAUGCUUUUUACUAAUAUUAUUUUAACACUCACCAAAUAGACAAAUCAGCAGUAGAAAUACAAAGAGUAAUUCAGAACUAUGAAAUGUCUCAGGUCUUAUUUAAAAUAAUAAAAAUAAAUAAAUGAAAUAAAUGUAUGAUCUCAAACAAUAGUCAGAAUCCAAACAUGAACAUAGAAGAUAGUUGUGGGAAAGAAAACAAAAAGUUAGAUUACAUAGGAAUCGUAUUAAAAAAACUCAUAGGAGUUAACUAGAGGUACAAAUUCUAGAUGCACUGUAAAAGAAAUAGGUCACUAUUAGCAUGUAGCAAGCAAAUGUAUAUGUUUGAAGAAUGAUUAUAACUUAUGAAAACGAUUUGGCUGCAUGCAAUUUACUCCCACUAAAUCUCAUCUAAAUAACAUCAAUAGAACAUUUUUUAAGAUUUCUGUUGUGUCCAAGGAAACCUAGAGCAACGUAUUUAAACACUGUAUUAGAGCAUGGAAAACUGGAGGUAUUAAAUGACCAGAUUUAGAAACCAGCAAAAGCAGCAUCCUUAACAGUAAUACAUUGUAUCAGUAAUAAUUAUGAAGACAACUGGAAAUAAUUACACCAGUCCUUAUACAAUUAAAUAAAAUGAAGAUUUCAUUGUUCAUGAAAGAAAUUAAAAAUAACACAGAGCUAAUAAUAUGCAACUAUAUACAAUCUAACAUGCAUUCACCAAUGAAGCAAUGUAUGUUAAUAUUUAAAACCAUCUGUAAACUAUUGCUAUGGGUCUUAAAGAUAGUAAAAACUGUUUUAGCUUAUUUAUUCCCCUCUUCAUAUCAGCGUUAUUGUUAAUAAGUUCCAGUUUACUGAAAAUGUGCGAGUGGGAUGAAAGGGUCUUUGUUGUUUGGUACAAUUUCUUCCAAGUUAGAGUUUUAAAAAUCAACAAACUAUGCACAAUCUGAAUUACUUUUUAAAUUUAAAUUGUUGUUCGUUGACCCAAGCAAUUAAAACUUGUGCUGAAGAAUGAUUCUGUAAGGUAAUAAUAAGGAUGUUCCCAAAAUGCUUGACUACAUAUGUUAAAUGGUAUAUGAUAAGAAAUCUUAUUCAUUUAUAUUGUCAGACUUGUAUAAGAUUUUAUUAAUGUACAAAGAGAAAAUAAAUGAAAGAUUAUGGAAAUGUAUGUUACAGAGUAAAAAAAUAAUAUAACUAACAAAAUCAAGGUGCUUGUGCUAAAAUCUAUUAAACCUACAUCAGUAGUGCACUUUUGGAAGAUUUUUACAUGGAAAUAUGUACAUUAAGUUACCGAAAAUACAGGAGGACAGUGCAAUGAGUUGCUAGAGAUGUAAAUUAAACCAUAAAGAAGAUUAUGUAUGAUUGCAUAUCAAGGGAAUUAAAAAAAAAAAAAAAACAAACAAAUAUUAAUGCACUAUAUUGUAACCAAAUUUAUAGUUAUAUAAAUAAUGUGAAAUGAAUUCUCCUGGUGUUGAAAUCCAAUGGCAUAAAGUGUUUAUGCAUUUCUGAAUGGAUUAAAAAUGUUCAAGAAUUUUUA